AUGGAGGGCGUUUUUACUCGGCUCGAAAAUUGGCACAUGCUCAACCCUCAGAAUGCCAAUCAUCUUUGGUUGCUUCACGCACUUUUCCUUGACGAUAUCAAUCAGGAUUGCUCUGACUUUCGGGAAGAGUGGAAUUGCCAUCCAAUAUGGGGACCUGACACUAAUGACAAGAGUCCAAAGGACUUACGGUUCCUGGGACAAACACUAUUUGGUGUAUAUCGUGACGAUUGUGAGGGUGUUCACCCUGAUGUGAUUGAGGAGUACUACGGCAUUCAUGGGCAUCCUGCUGACGAGGAAGAUGAUGCGGAUGAACAGUCGCCCGACAUUAUUGAGUCGAUCAAUGAUCAGCAACGGCAGCACAUCCAUCAUGACGCUGUCAGAGUUCCUUCACACAGGAGCGCUUUUGGUACUGACAAAGAAACACGAGAACAAUUUUUUACAGUUCUUGCUGAAGUUGUCGCAAAGAAAAUCACACCAGCGUAUUGCCAACUGACACCAGAUGAAUGGGAAGGUGACCAGUAUCCUGCCUUUGAGACGAUACGUGCUGGUUGA